AUGUUUUCCGUCAGUUGGUUUGGUAUUGGUCCAUCUGAUCCUCAAGGUAGAGGACCAGAUGCUUAUUCAAGUCAUUGGAAUAUUGGUAGUCAAGGUGGAUGUGUUGCUGCAGCUCAACCGAAUCAAUGUGGAUUAGAUAGACAAAGACAAAUCUCAUCAUAUUAUCGACCACUUGCUGGUAUUUAUUCAUCAAGUGGAUUAGACAACGAAAGUCUUGCUCGUAUUGAUCUUAUGUUAACAACAUUGAGAAAAGAAGGUAGUUGUGAUCAUGGUCAUGCACAAUUGAAUGCAUGGUCAAUUCAACUUGAAUCUAUACAACUUUCAUCACGAUAUAUAAAUAAUCCAUCGAUAAAUGUUGAAAUACCUUAUCAAGCAUAUACACAUUUUCGUCAAAGAACACAAAUUUUAAAAUUUUCAUCUGGUGUUAUUGUACCUGGUUAUGAUAGUUCUUGGUUAUAUUCAUUUUCAAAUUAUUUAGGUCUUGGUCGUUGUGAUAAUUCAAAUUCAAGUAAUCUUCGAGAUACUUGUCUAAAUAUAACUAUUGCUGAUUUUGUUGAUAUUAUUUCGGAUAUUUCUUUAACUUCAAAUUAUUUUAUUAAUGGAAAACCACUUAUUUUUGUUUAUACAUCUAUAGGAGGAAAUUUACUCACAUCUACUGAAUGGUCAUAUAUUUGGUCGAAUGUUCGUCAACGUAUUACACUUGAUUUCUAUACAAUUUGUACGACUUCAAGUUUAUUAAGUGUAUUCGAUGGUGUAGCACCUUGGAUUGAUUUAGUUGCUUGGUCAAUGACAAAUAAUGGUCUUCCGUUGUAUAAUCGAACAAUAGCAUGGUUGAAAUUAGUCUAUGAUCCUAUUCUAUCUUCGAAUAUUUCAUCAGGACGUAUUAUUAUGGGUGGUUUAACUGUUGGUUUUAAUGAUUUUACUCAAUCAUGGGGUGCUUGUCAACAACGUACUAUUCCUCGUCAACCUGAUUUAAUUCGUGCUCAAUUUGAUUAUUUUUCAUCACAUUCUAUUCGACAUUUAUUUAUUUAUACUUGGGAUGAUUGGACUGAAGGUAGUCAAUUUGAACCAGAUGUAACCAAUGGAACACAGAAUUUACUUUUGUUACGACAAUCUAUUGCUUCUUUCUAUGGUGAAACACAGAAUACUGAUGGUGAUAAUCAACUGGUUUUGAGAUGGAUGAAUUAUCCUCAAUUAAGAAAUUGUACUCAAAUUAAUGUCACAUCAGUACCUUCUAUUGAUAUUUCAUGUCCAACAACAAAUCAAGCUAAUUAUCUUUAUUCAUAUUCAAUAAUUCUUAUAAUUAUUAAAUUAUGUUAUUAUCUUUAA